GGCAUGGGACAGAAAUGCCGCUGGGUCCAGGCUACCAAGUGCCAGCUACUGGUGGCCAGUCUCUUUGUUACGCUGCUUGGGCUAUCGAUAGCUAUCCUGACCAUGAUCACCUACCAUGAGGAGCGCUUCAUCGUCAUAAGUAAAGUCUCACUGGAAACAAACCCCAUCAGAACCUUUCGCAGUUUAGUUUUGUAUGCUGGAAUAUGUCUGAGUAGCAUCUUGACUGUUGCCGCUACAUUGAGCGUUGUUGCCACAUGGAGAGACAUGAAGAGUGCCGCGGCAGUGGGAUUCCUCUGUUUUGCUGUGGUCUUCUGUGCAUCCGUUCAGGCUGCCUACUGGACAGUAACAAACAGUGCUGAGGCUGAAGAUGCAAUGAUGGAUGUGUAUGACUUUGUUUACGAGGAAGUGAGAAGCAACUCUUCCAAUAACAGAAGACAGGAGCUACUUACCAUCCAUGAAACGUUUCUCUGUUGUGGAAAGAAGCUACUCUUUGAAGAAACAAGCCAUAUUGAAAAUGAGACAUGCCAGUCAGAAACAGCAGGAACAACUAAAGAGGACUGUCUCCAAGAGAUUCACAUCUUCCUGAAAAAACAUAUGAGAUUUGUCUCCGUACUGAUGAUCAUUACAACUAUAAUUAUGGUAUAUGGGAUGAUCUUAACUUCAUUCCUCUGCUUUUCAAUUCAUCUCAACAACAGUUUGGAUCGGAAGGACAAGUAUGUUCUGGCAGGACAAUAGGAAACUGGCCCUGGAGAACAGUUCAAGGCCACUGCACACCAAGAGAUAUCAAACAGUAUGUAGUGGUUGUGAGAGGACGAUCACCGACCAUUCAAGACCUUAUUAUUCAAUCUACUUGUUUUCUUUUCACAUAUACGAAAUUUCAAAUAUGCCUAAACCAACAUUAUGCAACCAAGAAAGCUGUGGCGUCGGCAGGUAAAGCCUGAACAAAGUGUUGGUUAGAAAAGGACAUGAGCGGCAGGCGGACAUAAGUUGAAAAAACAUGACAGCAGGAAAUAUGCAAGGACGCAAGAACUUGCCCAACCACAAGUAUGAUUUCCACUUGAAAGCCAUGAUUGCAUGCCCCCAAAAUAGCCAGUCAGAAUAGAACAGCCUAUCCAAGCUAAAAGGGAAUUCAAGAAAAGGAAAGCUGCUCAA